UGCAAGCGAAAACAACAAAAGUAAUAAAGUCGAGUUUCCAGACUCCACCAAAAUUGAAUCCUCUCGCAAACGUCCUUUAUUCCAACACGCAUUAGAGGAAGCUGCGGAAGAUAGCGGAGUGGGUGUGGAUAUGAUAUCCGGAGUAGCCAUCAUAUUAGGGAAAGUGGUAGUGAUGGAUGUUACCGCAUGA